CAGAAGCAACCAAGGCAGGGAUCCAACAUCUAAACCGAGGCGACCUUUCUUGCUACAUAUCCCUCUGCAUCACGACCUUGUACUUACUUGACUUCACCUUGCACUCCCACAGUCAUAUAGCUAGUUGCCACUUGGUUGCCUUUCUAGACCAUCAGACCAAGAACACACAGCAUGUGUGGAAAGAUGGAUGAGGUUCACCUCCACAUGGAGCACAAGUGUUGACAAGUCGAUUUAUGUUCACCAAUUUAGAGCCUACCCGGUGGAGAAUUUGGAGGAGUUCGUGCCUCGAUGUCCAAACCUCCGACGUCUAGCACUUCUAGGCCAAACAGCAUGGUUGUCAAGAAAGUGUGCCCACGGGAGUACAUCCCGCCGCACAUCGUGGCGGAGGCAAUCUCGACGCUGCACGGCCUCGACCUGCGGUGGUCGGGGCCGAUCACGCCCAGCGAGCGGCUCUACGUGGAGCAGUACGUGAUGGCCAAGUACCCGCAGUACUCUCACGGACUCAUUGAGGAGGAAAGCUGUGACAAGGACGACCUCUACUCCACCUACUAUAGCACCGGCAGCAUGUCUGCCUCGCCCGAGGGCGGAUCCGGCGAGCGGCGGAGGCCGUCGCCGACGGGGUCCCCGUCGUCGGCGAGGCCUGACAUCGACAUGGUCAGGUUGGAGCCGUCGCGUCUGCUGGACAUCCUGACCAAGAAGUCUUCCUUCACGGGGAGCUUCAUCUCCAUACCGGAGAUCCAGGCCAGGAACAGGGUGCUCCGGCACUGCGGACUCACCGACGAUGAGUACCUCGUGCUCUUCGCCGCCACGCCCAAGGACGCCAUGAUGCUGAUAGGCGAGAGCUACCCCUUCUUCCGGAGCAACUACUACAUGUCAAUCCUAGCCGACGACCGCGACUGCAUCCACGCAUUUGCGGCGUACAAGGAGGCCAAGGUCAUCGCGGCGCCGGAGUCGUGGCUGGAUCUCCGCAUCAAGGGCUCACAGCUCAGCCAGUACUUCCGCCGCAAGUCAAAACUCACGCACAAGGGCCUCUUCGCCUACCCAGCCGUCUCCGCCGCAGCCCCCGCCACCGACGACGGAAUCGCCCCGCCACCGCCGCGCUACUCCAUGCACUGGGUCUCCGAGGCGCACCGCAACGGCUGGCACGUGCUCCUGGACGCCACCGCGCUGGUCAUCGGCGAGGACCGGCUGCCGCUGUCGCUGCACCGGCCGGACCUCGUGCUGUGCACGCUCGACGACACGCACUCGCAGCAGCCGUCCGCCAAGGUGACAUGCCUGCUCGUCAGGAGGCGGUCCUUCGACACCUCCGCCCUGCCGCAGCCGCAGCAGAAACAGUGAAUGGAGUGGUGAUCCGGUCUCGCCCUUGCUAACACGAACUACUGCUGUCGCCGUCUCAUCGUGCGUGAUGUGCUUGCAUGUCCCGCAAAAUAAAGCUGCAUGCACGGAUCUGCUUGUCUAUGAGUAAGGGGUGUGUGUGUGUAUGUUUGAGCACGAAUUGUUUCGGGGUUUUUGGAAGACGGAACACAUGUACAUCUCAACUGGUUAUGUUAAUCGUUUUAUAUCUAAUAAGGCGAAACAAUACUCUAUUUUCUUCCA